AAGAGAAAAGAGAGGAGGGGAGAAAGGAAAUGGCAUCGACAAAGCCAUUGCCAUGGCUAUGUUGAUAUUAAAGUUGUUGUUGCCGUGGCAAAUGGGAUUGAGAAUAUCGGAAUCAAAGCUCAGUCCGGCUCAGUUCGAGGCAUGUGGUCAAAACCAAUAAAGCUGGCAAAUUGGCCAAAUGUGUAUAUACGACCAAGCGGAGGCAAAAGCAACAUGUCCAAAAAUAUAAACAACAAUCAACAUGGAGCAACACAUGGAUAACAAUAAAAUUGCAAACCAAUUGCCAUCGUCGUCGUCGUCGUCGUCCUCCGUGUGGCGCAACUUUGAGGCGCGCGUUUUAAAGUCGACGGUGAACAGCGUCUGCCUCGACUGGACACCACAUGACAAUGCCCGUGUCUACAGCAUUGAGAAGUAUCACAAACGUUACGACUGGCAGCAGGUGGCCUGGACAAGCACAAGUCCACACACCAUCGACAAAUUGGAGGAGAAUUUCGGCUAUCGACUGCGCAUCAAGGCGCUCCAAUUGGUCGAGGGAGAGGAAGAGGGAGGGAAUUGCAGCCACUAUGAGAUACUCGCCAUUUCACCGGAUGUCAUUGCCUGCACAGAAGCUGCGCCGCCCUCGACAAACUGUUUGCAUCGCGCCAUCCGCAAAUCGCAGCAAUUUCUGGUGAAGCGCAUGUUACGUCGUCGACCAAGUCUGGUCGAUUAUCCCGGUCCGAAUGGCUUUCUACCGCUGGCCAAUGCAAUUAUUCAGGGCGAGAUGUGUAUUAUCGAUGUGCUGCUCUCAUCCGGCUGCAGUGUUCACCUCGGGAAUCCACAAAACGGACGCACGCCGUUGCACCUGGCCUUCUACCAUGGUCAUCUGCCCUCGGCCCGGAUACUGUUGAAUAAAAAGGCACAGCUGGAGGCGGUUGACUGCAAUGGCAUGACACCAGCGCACUGUGCCGUUGAUGCCAAUCAGCUGGAAAUGGUGAAAUUUGCACUCGAGUCGGGCGCAAAUUUGGAGGCCAGAGAUGCCUGUGAGUGGACACUACUGAUGCGUGCAGUGGUGAUGGAUGCAAGCCUGGAGCUUAUCAAGUUGCUGGUGACGCACGGCGCCAACUUGUUGGCCGUGGAUGGCCUGGGCAAAAGCUGCAGCGAUUUGGCCAAACUUUAUCGCCGACAGCAGGCUGGGGAUUAUUUCGACAAGGUGCACACGUUUCGACUGGAAAAGGCAGCAAAGGCAGCAGCACUAAAUGCGGCAAAACAGGCAACCACAAAGGGAUUAAGUGCAGCGGUCGACGUAAUAGGAUAGAAAAGAGCUACACCAAACUAAUAAGAAUGUAGUCUGCGUUUUUAUUAAAGUUUUGCCACUUAACAUAGUUUAUACAAUACAAUUUGAGUAGUUUUCGGUCUGAUGCCCGCACAUAUAAACAUUGAUAAAAUCGUCGUUCUGUUUCAGCCCCAAAUAGAAAACGUGUUCGGCCAACUCUUUCCCAAACUCGCAGAAAUUCUGAGCGUAGAGUGUGAAGAACAAACGCUUGUUGCUCAGUUGAUGUGUCUUCAAAACUUGAUCCUCCUGAUCGUAGAUCUCGCGAUGCUUGUCUGCAAUGGUUAUCCACUCGCUGUAAUCCUGCCACGACUGGCGGAAACUCUUCAGAUAGAUCACAGCCAGCAUUCUUGCCUCAUCCAGGACAUUCACAUACUGCGGCAACUU